AUGACACAGCCUUCCAUUCUAGUUGGGAAGGCGCCUUGGAAUUCUCUUAAACGUUUUGAACUCUCUCUUCGCAGAGCAGUGGCUGAUUUCCAAAAUUUCAAGACGUCUGUUACUCUAAUGGUAAUUUUAUACGCCUUUUGCGUUGGUGUGGGAUGUAUUAUUUUCAUCUUGCUUCUUUUUACGGAUGUAGUUGCAGGGAGUCAUUAUCUCGACGGUAUAGUAGAUCUCACAGAGGAGGCACACAAAUUUGUGCUCCGUUUAUUGCAAUUUAUUAAUGGACUGUUGGGUCUGUUCGUGGGAUUCUCAAUACUAAUCCACAACACGCCUCCCGGCUAUUUUCUAUCGAAGUUGAAGAUUCGACGGCUGCCCAAAGUGAAGUAUGGGAGUUUAGUGAAAGAAGAGAAGAGGGAAAAUUGUUUUAUUUGUCUGGAAGGAAUUGGUUUGGAAGAGUGUGUACGCAUUCUUCCGAAAUGUAAACAUUAUUUGCAUGGGCGUUGCAUCGAUCAAUGGCUUCUCUGUCAAAGCAAUUGCCCCGUCUGCAGAACUCCUGUUUGA